AUGCCCAGUUCCACUGCCCCGAACGCUCCCUUCCCUGCGACGGCAGCGCUAAGCCAAGCAAUCGCCGACUAUGAGGACCGCGUUCCUGGUCAGCCAAAUGUUUCCCUAGACCAGAAGGAUGUCGAUGCAUUUCUUGCUCGGGAGCUGAACACGCCUAUCCUAGAUGAGCUCUAUCUGAGGCUCUGGCUUGUAGCCAGGAAGUCCGGAGCAAAUAUCGACCCACUUCAUCAACAGAGGAUGAAAGGACGAGAGAUUGUGCCGGCUGAGAACACCCAACUACAUCUUGUUUGGCGGCACGACAAGGUGUUUAUAAAGCCAUUACCGGAGUGCCUGCUUAACCAUGAUUUCUGGAUGGUGCAUCUAUCUUCAAACGAUGAGAAGUCAAACCAGGCAGAUAUCGGUACCAAUAAGCAUUUAGUUGCAUUGGGAUUCGUCCGAUCUUACACCUGCCUUAUUAGACAUCACUCAGAUUUCGUCCUUGCACACCACUAUUACCUUAUUCCCGAACAUGUCAAGUGGAAUGCAUGGUGCCAGUUCAUUCGGCACUUCCAGGAUUACGAAGAUACCCAGGUUGCCAAACGCUACCACUAUGGUCAGUUGCGCCUCUCACGGUUGCACUGGGCUGUCCGGCUGUUCCAACCACCAAGUGCAAAGACGGCCUGGUUCUAUGAGGUGCCAUAUUGGUCUAUUCAGACGUAUGUGCAACGAAUGGCCGCACCUUUUAUAUUUGGAUUCGCGAGUAUAUCACUUGUGCUAUCUUCCAUGCAAGUCAUCGCGUCCAUACCCGCUGAUAAACUUGGAUUUGGGGCUAUGGACGACUAUGGGUACAAAACCAUGAUCCAGGCUUUCUGGAUUUUCUCUACGGUCAUGUUGUUUUUAUCCGGUAUAGUUUGGAUUCUACUGAUUGUGAUUCCAAUUUCUGUGCUUAUUUGGCAGAUGUCCUGGGGGUUCAGGAAUCGGGGGAAACACUCUGGAAGCCUGAAUCCAGAGUGUGGCGAAGACAAUUGGCUGAAACAGUGACUCGAUGAUAUCCCAUUGCUGCUGUUAUGGACCGACCCGCGAACCUCAUUUUCGGGCUGGAUAGGCGUCUGGGAACAGGGUGUCUUGGUCACACGGAUCGAUCUAUAUUCUGGUACUUUGUUGUCCUUGGAUUCGAGUAAGCUUUGAUAUUUUUGGCUUCAAUUGUGCACGAGAUGAGUGAGUUGUUUGCAUGUUUUAAAUACGUCAUGACACUAUGUACAUUGUUUUCGAGUGCACAGGUCGCAUGUAGGUGGGGCAUUUUCGUGUCAGGUAACUAGUCCAAAUUAGGCGAUGGUCACAUGAUG